CAUGCUUCUGACAUCACGAAGGUCCUUCGGCUUGUGUAGUGACGGAUUGGAGAUGGUUGUGGAUUCCGGGCGGGGUCAGAGUCAUACCGGGGUCUUUCGGCUGCUUCUCCCGCUUCUCGCCAGGGUGGUAUAGCCCGGACAGGAGGAAAGAUGCCGGGGCUCAUGAUGUUUGGCCGCCGCUGGGUCAUAGCCAGUGAUGAUCUGGUCUUCCCUGGAGCCUUUGAACUGCUGGUCAGGUUCAUCUGGUGGAUUGGGAUAUUGGUGCUCUAUUCUGUCCAUAAAGGGAACUUUGACUGCAUCGGGGGACCUGUACUGCGCAGCUACUUGAUCGUACUUAUUGUUAUGUUGGCUGCAAUAAUCUGCUCAGUUUCAUCGAUUGUCUAUGUCAGCAUGCAAGGUAAGCAGUUUGACACAGAUUUGGUUCCUAGUGACAUUGCUGCAGGACUGGCUCUCCUUCACCAGGAGCAGGACAAAGUAGAGCUAAGCCGUGAUCCAGAUGAAGUGCUUUGCCAGUCUCCAACUCAUUCUGCAAGAGAGGACCUGGAUGUGGAGUUGGAUAAGGCGGCUCACUACAUGCAGUUUGCAGCUGCCGCCUAUGGAUGGCCACUCUAUGUAUACAGCCGCCCCUUUACUGGACUGUGCAAACUGUGCGGGGAAUGUUGCCAGAACCGAAGUGCCCAGCAUGAUAUUGUCGGUGGUGAUGAUCUUAACUGCCAUUUUGGCUCCAUCUUGCAGACAACAAAACUCCAGUACAGAGAUUUCAUCCACAUCAGCUUCCAUAACAGGAUCUAUGAAAUACCCUUUUUUGUUGCCCUUGAUCACAAAACUGAAGCCAUCUUAGUAGCUGUGAGAGGAACAUUAUCCCUUGAGUCAGCAGAAUGCGAGAAUCUGCAAACGGAGGGGGUGGAAGGAGAUUGCUUCUCACAUAAGGGCAUAUGUCAAGCUGCAAGUUACAUAUACAGAAGAUUAAUAAAUGAUGGCAUAUUGAAUCAAGCCUUCACAAUUGCACCAGAAUACAAGUUGGUCAUCGUAGGACACAGCUUAGGCGCUGGAGCUGCUUCUAUAUUGGCAAUAAUGCUUCGAAGUUCAUUUCCUACCCUGAAAUGCUAUGCAUUUUCUCCACCAGGGGGCCUGCUAAGCAAAGCUCUUGCUGAAUAUUCACAAAGUUUCAUUAUCUCCAUAAUUCUGGGUAAAGAUUUUGUACCAAGAUUGAGUUUACCCAACAUGGAAGACUUGAAAAACCGAAUACUAAGGAUGGUGGUCAACUGUAACCGGCCCAAGUACCAGAUCCUACUUCGUGGUUGUUGGUAUGAAUUAUUUGGAGGCGAUCCGGACAACUUCCCAACAGAACUGGAUGGAAGAAACUUGGCCUCCUUGUCACAGCCUCUACUGGCUGAACAGAGCUUUUUGGUCCAGAAGUCAUCUUCAUAUAAUACUCUGACCGAUGGUUCCCCUCUAGAUUCCCCACGACACCCUCUUCUGUACCUUCCAGGAAAAAUCAUUCACAUUACAGAAGAAAGCAGAUCGGGAUGGUUGUGUUUCUCUGAUGUCAAAUAUAGUGCAAGGUGGUCAAAGGAGACUUCAUUUAGCAGUAUUUAUAUCAGCCCCAGAAUGAUCACAGACCACAUGCCGGACAUUGUACUGAAUGCACUAAAUAGCCUCUGUCAAGAGAGGGUCGGAUGUACUUCCUGCCACACUCCCCAGCAGACUGUGCACAACAAUCGGAUAUAGCAUGGGAUGUUUAUGUCCGCAAAGAUGCUCUUAACUGUCCUGAUAUAAAGAAACAAUGAAGAUGUUUUACACUGUGACCUAUAAAAUCUGGAUCUCAUCUUCAAAUAUAAUAGUCCUCAGAGGAAUCUGGCUGGGAGAAGGAACGCCAGCCAUUCUGGCUUUUGCAGACUUUUUUUUUUCUUUCAAUAUGCAGGUUGCAUUUAAUUUUAUAAGUACCGUAAAUAAUGCUUAUUUUAAGAAUGAGAAAAUGAGAGUAAUGAACAAAACUGUUAAAACCUUACACUAUGUGUGCUUUUAUGCACUUAAAGAAGAACUUCACAAAAGUAUUUUUUUUUUUUUUUUUUUGAGUUGAGAUAUGAAGGCGUAUACAGUACCUGAUUUCAUGCCUGCCAUCCAGUGUGUAAUGUCCUGCUCUGAAAAAUUGUCUCCACCAGUUUGCUCUGUCUGUUCAGGCUUUGUCAUUCAGAAAUUCUUCCAUCUGUCUUUAACACAAGCAGAGAAGGGUGCACAAGGGUUCUUUUGGCCAAGAAAGUAACUAAUUGUACGUGUUGUACACCACAAACUACUCCCAGCUAAAAUAAUUUGGCGUUCUCUGUAGGUGGCCUAUUCCUGUCUGCUAUGCAAUAUUCAGUGCUUUAUUGUGUGUUUUUUAUUUUAUUUUAGGAGGUGAGUGAAUUGACUUACAAACCAACACGGGAUCAUCAAAUCUAAGCACAGCUAGAGUGCAGUUUGCUGGUAUGAUUUAUUGUCAUUCAGCUGCCCAUGAAAUGUGGCAAUGAACUACUCUAUAAUUUUUAUUGUAUGUGUGUACAUAAUGUAUUUCAUUGUUUUGUAAGUAAGCCAAAUAUGUGUGACAGGGAUGUCUGUAAACAGUUUGACAUUUUACAGUUUGUGUGUAUUUACCUUGUACAUGACCAGGUUCAACAUCGCUUUGACAUGACACUUCGAUAGUUCAUCUUAUUGCUAA